AUGCUUUCAAGCAUUCUACGAAAUCCAUUAGUACGCCGGACGUUCUCAGCCAGAGUGGUCAGUCAAAAUGAAUAUGAAACAGCCGCUGAUUCAACACUAGAAAAAUUAUCCGAUUAUUUCGAUCAAAUUGCGGAUUCGUAUCCAGUUUCUGAUCAAUUUGAUGUGUCCCAUGCGAUGGGAGUGCUCACAGUAAAUGUUUCCAAAUCUGUUGGAACAUAUGUGAUUAACAAGCAAUCACCAAAUAAGCAAAUCUGGUUGUCCAGUCCAAUGUCUGGCCCAAAAAGAUAUGAUCUGGCAGAAGAGGACAGGUGGACGUAUUCUCAUGACGGAGAAAAACUGGACGAACUUUUGAAUCGGGAAUUCAGAAAGAUUCUCGGCGACGACCGAAUCGAUUUCUCGCGACACGUCUAA